UGAUCACGGUGUAAAGGCCCUAGCCCUGCAUUGCAGCUAGUGGGGGGGUUUCCCCGUUACCCCCCCGCUCCCCCCGCCGCAAUGCUGCUGGGCGCCUUCACGACGCUGCUGGGGGCGCUGUUGGUGCUGAGCCGCAGCCCGAUGUUCUCCUGCCUGCUCACGGGCGGCCUCUACCUGGUGCUGCGGCUCUUCAGCCUGGAGCCGGUCUCCCUGCAGCGGGCCCAGCACAUUGUACAGCCCCGCGGCUCCGCCGCCCGCAUCGCCCACCGCGGCGGUGGGCACGACGCGCCCGAGAACACGCUGGCGGCCAUCAGACAGGCAGCUGAGAAUGGAGCCACAGGCGUGGAGCUGGACCUUGAAUUCACUGCAGAUGGCAUUCCCAUUCUAAUGCAUGAUGAUACAGUAGAAAGGACAACUGAUGGGUCUGGGAGUUUACGUGAUUUUACAUUUGAAGAAAUUAGGAAGCUUAAUCCAGCUGCAAAACAUAGACUAUGGAGAGAUUUCCGGGGUGAAAAAGUACCAACUUUGAAAGAAGCCGUUAUGGAAUGUAUGCAUUAUAACCUCAUAAUCUACUUCGAUGUCAAAGGCCAUGCAAAUCAGGCAGUUGAUGCCCUAAAACUCCUCUAUCUGGAAUAUCCUCGUUUGUACAACAGUAGCAUUGUCUGCUCUUUCAUACCAGAGAUCGUCUAUAAGAUGAGGCAAUCUGAUAGGAAUGUUGUUACAGCAUUAACACACAGGCCCUGGAGCCUUAGUCAUUUUGGAGAUGGGAAGCCUCGUUUUGAUUGCUUUUGGAAGCACUAUGGGUAUAUGAUGAUGGACGUCAUUAUGGACUGGAGCCUGCACAACUUCUUGUGGUACCUGUGUGGGGUUUCAGCUUUCCUCAUGCAGAAAAAUUACAUUUCACAAGAGUAUGUGAGGCAGUGGUCUUCACGCGGAGUUCAAGUGGUUGGCUGGACAGUGAACACACUUACAGAAAAAAUGUACUAUGAGACCGUCCUUGAGACCAGCUACAUCACAGACAGCUUGGUGGAGGACUGUGAUCCUCACUAUUAGACUUACACUGUAUGGGACUCUGAAAUAUGCCAUCCUGGGUCAUGCAGAUCUGAGUUCAGCACCAGAGGGUCCAAAGAUGCAGAAUGAGGCUGCAUACAUAAGUUGGGUUUUUUGCUUGUACUGUAUGAUUGGAUCUUAAAUCACAGCAAACCCCUCAGUCACACUACUAGGCUGAGCCACAAUCAGCAUUGGUGCUGGGGAGAAAUGGUGCGUGCGUCUGCUAUCAGAGGAAAUUGCUGUAUGGUCUAAAAAGAUCAGUUUUGAUGAACUGAUUUGGUAACUAGUAGUUCAGACAGGUGGCUUAUAAGUCAACUGCUUCUUUACUUGAUUUAACCCUUGAUUUUUAAGUCAUCAGCAGCUUUUGAAUGCCUAAUUUUAAACUGUACAUUAAACAAUCUGCUCCUCAAAGAGUAGUGUGGUGUACCUCUACCGCAAUGUUAAGAGCGGAUGGUAGGUGUAUUCCCGUACCAUAACUUUGAAUACGAUAUGGUCAGUUAAUAUUAGAGAGUAAAUAUACUUCACUGCUACAGGCUGGAAAGGAUGGAUAUUCUGUACUCUUACGGCAUGGAGAAAGACUAUAGCGGUUUCUGGUUUGGGCAAAUACUGCACUAAAACCUUGGUGGCUGGUGGGUAAACUUGAAUGUCUCCUUUUACUUCAGUCUUAAACCUGACUUUAAAAAGAGGGAGGUUAGAAAGGUUCUUCCACCUGAUGAUACUGUAGCUGAAUCAUUCUUCAUAAACAGAGGCUGUGGAGCUGCUGUUAGCCAGAGGCUAAGCAGUAGCUGAAACACUUCUUUGUUGCUGCUGCUGCUGCUAAAUUGUUUGCACAGCUAAAUGGAUAGGAGGGCUCCGUGACAGGGUUCUCUCACCACUCUUGGCACCACCUCCUGGUCAUCCUGGGGCUUAGCUCUGCCAGGUGCUGCACCCUCUUCAGCAUUCUCUCAACCCAUCUUCUUCUCUCAGCCUGCAGCAUCUGUCUCUCGGAGCAGCAGCUUCUGGUUUGUGGCUUGACCCUCCGGCCAGGUCACUAAGUUCCUCUCUUUCCAGGGAAAUCGCAGUCCUUCCAGACCAGCUGUCUGUCUGAUGUCUCCAACAUCCUGUGUCACUACCCGGUGGCUGGUAGGGGAACCCAGGCUUGCCCGCUACACUGGGUUCCAGCUCAGGGACCCUAUAACAUGCAGCCAAGGCCUGUACUGUCCUAUCCCUUGCUGCUGUUUCCCUGGGCUUCUUCCUACAACCUUUCUCCUCACAGAAAUACUACAGACUACCUCCUUGCAGCCCCCUUCUUCUCUCAGCUCCUGGGCUUUAUAGAGGCCCCUCCUGUUCCUAUCCAGCUGGGCCUGGUUUAAUCAACACAUGUGCCUUAGCUCCUCCUGCAGGUGUAGCCUGGGGAGUUAAUUGGCCUGCCUGGCCAUCUUAACCCCUUCCAAUCCUGUGUGAGGUGGACAUGGCAUCACAUACCCUGUUCCUCAAGCCUACAACCCACAGGGCUGUAAUGGCCUCCUGCCCUGCAUUUCCCUGAGCUGUGCCCACAGAUCAUCCCUCUCUUGUUCUGCCUCCGCCACCAGGAGACGCAAAUUAUGCUGGUCCUCCAUGGCCUCCCGCAACGUUUUCUUUUGGAACUCCAUAUCUUCUUCAGCUAUUCACAGGGCUUGCUCUGCUGCUGCUAGCUUCUCCUAUAGCUCCUUCACUUGCCUCCACAGGAUCCCUCAGGGUUUGUGUUCCCACCAUAGCUUGCUCUGCUUCUGUGUUCGUUCUGAUGUCGGUGUGGGCCCUCUCCACCCCAGUCAUCUGUUACCUCCUUACUACCUCCUACUGGGUGUGUGGGUCCAUAGUGAUUGCCGCUGUGUCUAUCCUGACAGUUUCCACCAUGCUCUGGUCCCUGGACACCCCCUCCCUUGUUUUCUAUGUCACUGGAGUCCAUGACUUCCCCUUGCUAUCCUGUCCUUUCAGAAGAGGGUAGUGCCUCCUUAUGGCCAACCUCACAGCACCCAAAGCAAACUCCUUUGCCUUGUGUUAGCAGUAGUCUUCCAAUUGACCUUCUUUUGUCCAGCCCCUACUCCUGGGCUAGCCUUCACUUCAUAGCUCAUAUAUGGGCAUCCCUUCUGUAGCCAGGCAAAACAUGCCCCUCCUUUUCCUGUUGUCCACACAGGUAGGACUCUUUUGGACUUUGUUUUCCUGCCUUCUGAGUAAGGCUUCCUGUCCCUGUGCAGGUCCGGGUACUCUCUUUUUAGGUAUCACCUUCGUCCGUAGGCAUAACACUGCUUUGACUGGCUCCUGGCCCUGGUACCUCCCUUCCAAUCUUAUUCCCUGCAGCCUCUACUAAUUUCUUCCCACAGGAGUUUGAACAAAUACAGCUGCUGUUCAGCUAGCUGUCAGAUAGUCUUGCAGGUACCAAUGCGCCUCCCACUGCUUCUGUUGGCUCUCCAGCACUUGCCUCAGCGAGAUCUGGAUCCGUCCCUGCUGUUUGUCAGUCACCUUCUGCAGGGGUAGUGACUCUAGAGUUCAGCCUCGGAGGUUACAAGCGCUCUCUAUAAAAAAGGCUUCUGCAUAAUGUGGCUCUAUUGUCUCUUCCUGUUUUUCUGCUAUGGCUCUCCUUGCAUGGGGGUGAACACCUUAUGCAUUCCUUUACAGUCCGCUACAGUAUUUCAACCUCCGCUUGUAUCUGGGUCAAUUGUUGCACAGUCUUCCACACCGGGCCUUGUAGUGGGGCGAUCCUUUGCCUGGCCACUUGUGAUGGAGUUCCUUCACCGCUCAUGGCCAUUCUGGGGAUUAGUUCUGCCAGGUGCUGCGUCCUCCUUAGUGCUCUUUCUACCCGUCUUCUCUCAGUCUGUAGCCUCUCUCGCUCUCGGAGUGGCAGCUUCCAGUUUGUGGCUUGGCCCUCCAGCCAGGUCGCUAAGUUCCUCCCCUUCUGUAGAAAUCGCAGUUCCUCUGGACCAGCUGACAGCUCCAAUGCCAUGUGGCUGGUAGGGGAACCCAAGCCUGCCCUCUACACUGGGUUCCAGCCUACGGACCCUAUAACAUGCAGCCAAGGCCUGUAUCGUCCUAGCCCUUGCUGCUGUUUCCAUGGGCUUCUUCCUACUUAUCUGGAUUCACACUUCUGUAAAAAUCAAAGUGGUUUAGACUUGUAAUAAACAAGUCGGAUAGUUCAGGGCUAGUUUUAUAGUAUGGCAGGUAUGCAUCAUCUGUUAUGAGUAGCAUCCAUAAGAGUGGGUUUGAUACCUUUCCGAAUGGAUCAAGAUCUACAUUAACAUUGUUCUUAUUAUGAAUACCACUAAAUGAUCAAACUGUUGUAGCUGUACCUUGGGUGGAACCUGUAGCUAGAGGAGAGAAGUCCUGAAUGGCACAGCUCUGCAAGGAAGCAUGUGUGGAGAUAGAACUACUGUAAAAUAAGGGUGGUCUGAUUUAAAUUAGAGAGAGCACAGUGAAAAUUAACCGUCAAUUUUAUACCUUACCUCCAGAACAAAAUGUCACUUCCAUGUCAUUUAAAAGUAGAGAGACUUAAAACCAGUUGUUUACCUGCUGUUGUUGGUGACCAUUGAGAUGUAGCCGAACAUGCUAACUUUUAACCAAUAGAUGUGUAACUAUGUAUUUUCAGAUAAAAAGGGUAAUCGCAUGCUUUAGCAUGCAGGCUACCCUCUUGCAUUAGAGCUCCACCUCCCUGUCCCGUGCCCCCUGUCAGCUCAGAUACAGCACUGCACAAGUGGCUAGUCACUUUCUUGAGACUCUGGUGGUGGGAAUUGAGUAGCAUUCCCUGUCAAAGCUAGAGUAGCAAACUAAGAGGAUCAACUGAUCAAUUCACUCUGUUUUGUAUUUAAAUUAUGCCUGAUACUCAUAUGCUACAUGUCACUGUUGGGUGAAAUCACUUUCUUCAUAGGCUAUAGCAUAUCUCAUAUGACCAAUCAGGGGUUAAAAUCUACCUCAAUAAAUUAGGUAAAGUCAGUGUUUUGUGCCCAAUAAUUAAUUGUGUAAACAGUUCUAUAGCAUCACUUGACUCAAAUGAAAUCUGCAUGUAAUGUAGGAACUAACAAGUUGAUUAAAGCAGUGGGUCUCAAACUUUUUUACUGGCGACCCCUUUCACAUCGCAAGCCUCUGAGUGCGACCCCCCCCAUAUAAGUUAAAUACACUGUUUAAUAUAUUUAACACCAUUUAUAAAUGCUGGAGGUAAGUGGGGUUUGGGGUGGAGGUUGACAGCUCACGAUUCCCCCACAUAAUGACCUUGCGACUCCUUGAGAGGUCCCGACCCCCAGUUUGAGAACCCCUGGAUUAAAGGUAGGAUAGACUCAUAUGUGGGCAUUCUAGCUGCAGAAAAUAGUGAUUAAUUGUGUACUGUAUCUGUGGUAGGGGAAUAGAUUUAAAACACAGGUCCCUGCUGAGGAACGUGUAUGAACUGAUAAAGGUUGCUUAUUUUCAAGAGUUACUCUUUCUCAGCCUUACCAGCCUGUCUUCAGCCCAGUCCUUGUUCAAACCAGCCAUUGCACAAUGAAUCAAAGGCUGAAGUGGUAAGAUAUCUCCUGGAGAGUAGCAUGACUGGUAACAGUAUAGACAUGUAUGCGCUGAAUCCAUUUUUAAUAAAAUACUCCCUUCAAGUAACA